UGUCGGAAACGCUGUCAGACGGGAGUGAUGCACGUGCUGGAGUUAGCUGCAGAGAGAACAUGAGCACUUGUCUGUUGAGGUUGAAGAGGUUCGAAAAAGCAGCGAAUAUCUCUCACGGUGCCGUUUUCUGGUCCUCUUCUUUUCAUUAGCACAUGCUCAGGCUGCUAAGAGGGCGCACUGAAGGGUAACUGAACGAGGAGGAGAGCAGCUCGCGGCGCGAAAGAGGAAAGUUGUCGGUGUCUGAGCCGGUGCGGCUUGAGAGAGUGUUUUUGUGUUUCUGUAUGCGCACCUCGGCAGCUUGUUAGGGUGAUUUAUUUACAGUCGAAGGCUGAUAAGAGGACUGGUGAAGGCUGUUUGGACAGCAUGGCGGACUACCUGAUCAGCGGGCAAACCGGUUACGUCCCCGAUGACGGGCUGACGGGACAGCAGCUGUUCAACGGAGGAGACGGACUCACUUACAAUGACUUCCUGAUUCUGCCAGGCUACAUUGACUUCACUGCUGAUCAAGUGGACCUGACAUCGGCGCUCACCAAACAAAUCACCAUGAAGACCCCCUUCGUCUCCUCUCCUAUGGACACUGUCACUGAAGCCAACAUGGCCAUCGCUAUGGCACUAACAGGUGGUAUAGGCUUCAUUCACCACAACUGCACUCCAGAGUUCCAGGCUAAUGAAGUUCGCAAAGUCAAGCGAUAUGAGCAGGGCUUCAUCACAGAUCCUGUGGUGAUGAGCCCCAACGAGCGAGUAAGGGAUGUCUUCCAGGCCAAGGCACGCCAUGGGUUCUGUGGCAUCCCUGUCACAGAUAACGGCAAAAUGGGCGGCAAGUUGGUGGGCAUCAUCUCAUCCAGAGACAUCGAUUUUCUGAAGGUGGAGGACCACGACCUUCCACUGAGUGAGGUGAUGACAAAGCGAGAUGAUCUGGUGGUUGCCCCCGCUGGGGUGACUCUGAAAGAAGCCAAUGAAAUCCUCCAGAGGAGUAAGAAAGGUAAAUUGCCCAUAGUGAAUGAAGAGGGGUCCCUGGUAUCCAUCAUCGCUCGCACAGACUUGAAGAAGAAUAGAGACUUCCCCUUAGCUUCCAAAGAUUCUCGGAAACAGCUGCUGUGUGGUGCAGCCAUCGGCACACACGAUGACGACAAGUACCGACUGGACCUGUUGGUGCAGAGCGGAGUGGAUGCGGUUGUACUAGACUCAUCUCAGGGCAACUCGAUCUUCCAGAUCAAUAUGAUCAAAUAUAUUAAAGAAAAGUACCCCAACCUGCAGGUCAUCGGUGGCAAUGUCGUGACUGCAGCUCAGGCCAAGAAUCUGAUUGAUGCAGGAGUGGAUGCACUGAGAGUGGGGAUGGGCAGUGGCUCCAUCUGCAUCACGCAGGAAGUGCUGGCAUGUGAACUUUCUUUUUCUGUGUGUCCAGUGAUGAUGGGUUCUCUGCUGGCUGCUACUAGUGAAGCUCCUGGUGAAUAUUUCUUCUCUGAUGGCAUCAGGCUGAAGAAAUACCGUGGCAUGGGCUCCCUGGACGCCAUGGACAAAAACCUGGGCUCCCAGACCAGAUACUUCAGGUAUCAGAAAUUUGAUGUCCAGCUUUAUUCUUAUUUCCUUAAGUUUUAUAUUGUACUUAAUUUCUCACCAUUUCUGCUGUCAUCUAACAGCUGUUUUCUUUUUUCCUUCUCCAGAGCCAUGAUGUACUCUGGAGACCUGAAAUUUGAAAAGAGAACAACAUCAGCUCAGAAAGAAGGCGGAGUCCACAGCUUGCACAGUUACGAGAAACGUCUCUUUUAAGGAGAAGCUUGUCUUCUGAUGGAGAAUCCUUCCAACAGACAUUAUGCAAAAACACUACUUGCCAGAUCAUCUGAUAGCUGUAUUUGACGCACACCCACACUUCUCAUUAGAGUAGUCUGUAAAGAUCAACCUCUCUCAAACUCCACUCUUCCAGUGAUCCAUUAGUCUUCCUGCCGGUGUCAUCUAUGCAUAGUCUGUUUUAAAUGUGAAGGACUGAAUUAAAGCAUUUCAAUAAGUGCACGGGUGAUUGUGUCAUGAAAAUAUCCAGUGCUUUUCAUGUUAUUUCAAAGUAUUUGAACCCUGCUGUGUCCAUUUCAAGAUGAAAAAUGUCCAGUAAUAAAGCAUGUUUUUCAUAA